AACCCGAACGUCAUGGCGGGCGUUGCCGCGCGGGAGCGACGCGCGACCGGUGAGAAUGGGGCGCCGUCGUCGUCUGGCGAGGACAUGCCAGUCAUCCUGGGAGUCACCGUCGACGAUGCCGAUUCGGGCGAUGCCGCGGGGGCGUCCGUGCUUCAGCUGCG